CGAGGACGACGUGCUUCAAGGAUCGUCGAACACACGUCAGGUGAAUGUUGGAUACGGAGAGUAGACACGGUACUGGGCUGGAUCAGGGACCGACAAGGGACCCUUGGCUCACGAUGGAUUACUACCUCGGCACGGACAGUCUCUCGCUCCAGGAGAUGCUUGACGUCGACAUCAAAUGCGAGAUCGAAGGCGUUAUCGGUGGUCACCCGGAGCUGGGCUUUAAUUUUACCGACAUGUCCGGCCUAGAGAUGGACGACGAUCCUAUUGGAUGCCAUAAUGAUCUCAGUGGAUGGUUUGGGUCCACCAGUUUACUCAAUGGCAACAGCAAUAGUUCAAACAGCAACUUCAACCUUGAUCUCAGCGGAGGCGAUGCCGCCUCGAUUAUGGUGAACCCUAACUCGGUCAUGCCUCACAUGGCAGUCCGGAGUCCAACACCGUGUAACGCCAGGAGGAACUUCUCGUUCUCGCCCAAGAGAGACAUGAAGGAAGAGAAGAUCGACGUGGAGGACGAGGCGGAGAACGAAGCCAGCAGCUGCACAGAGAACGAGAACGAUAACGAUAACGAGAAUGAGCAGGAAAACGACAUAGAGAACGAUACCGAGACUGAACAGUACGAGAACGACAUUACGGAUACCGAGGAGGAUUCCGAGGAUGAACAAGAAAUCUCGAAACCGGUGACACCGUCUAAAUCGAGAACAAUCUCGAUUUCGGCCGCGAAAACGAUCUCCCCUCAGUUUACGAGGGCGCAGACCACCCCCAAAAUAAACGGCGUGUCCAGUAUCAAAGUGCAAAAUUUCAAAGUGUUGCACAGUCCGAGCCAAACUCCGCAUCACGUGCGUAAACAGAUUUAUAACAACAACGUGCACGUUAGUCCAGGAACGACCACUGUUGCCGCAAUGAAAAGGGAGAAGGAGUUUGACCUGUCGGACUACGACGACAAACUCUACCCCAAACCGGCUUACUCUUAUUCCUGUUUGAUCGCCAUGGCGUUGAAAAACAGCCAAACAGGGUCCCUACCGGUCUCGGAAAUCUAUAAUUUCAUGUGCGAGCAUUUUCCUUACUUCAAGACCGCACCGAACGGCUGGAAGAACUCCGUGAGACAUAAUUUGUCACUGAACAAAUGUUUCGAGAAGAUAGAAAAGCCAGCCGGGAACGGGAACCAGAGGAAGGGCUGCCUGUGGGCCAUCAACCCCGCCAAAGUGGCGAAAAUGGACGAGGAGGUUCAAAAAUGGUCCAGGAAAGAUCCGUUGGCCAUCAAGAAGGCGAUGAUCUAUCCGGAUCACUUGGAACUGUUAGAGAGGGGCGAGAUGAAGUACGCUGGCAGCGGAGAUAUGUCCGAGGAAACAGAAAGCUCGGGUGACGAAGCUGUCGAAGAGAGCACGACGUACGAAGAGUCCAUCCACAGUCACAUAGCCGCGAACUCUGUGACCGACAGUUACGAUGAGAGCAGCCAGGACUGUGAUAUAGACAUCGUGGAACACCUCUACGACGAAAUAGAUAUAGAGGAUAAUAAAGACUCGCUACACAUGCAGCUGAAUAUCUCGAAACGGGAGACGUUCGAGUACGAGCUCAGCCCUAGCACGAAAAGACAGAAAACGUUGACUGGAGCGAUACAGGGGAACUACGUGUAUCAACCUGUAACCACUUCAAGAAGAAAAACGCCUCUUCUUUUGCGAGCCGGAGCAGGAAAUGGCUCCUUUCUUAAGAUAGAUUGAGUUUAAGAUAACUCAACAGUCUUAACCGCGAAUUCCUAGUUUUAUAUGUAUCCAUAGGCGUAAAUGAAUAUGCGAGUACACAAAAAUGAUCGAGGAUUGCUUCGUGGUGAAUAUUUGAUACGCUGGAAGGAUUUUUUAUGGUCGCUAACCUGCCCUUUUCAAUCUUUUAUUUAAGUAUUUGAGCCUACUGCCCUGCAGAGACAAUUCUUGUUCAUUUGUAGAUACACGGGUGAAGAUCGAAACUGAAACGGUUUCUCUUUCAUACUCUGCAUAAAUUGUGUACCUACAUAUAAGAGAAAAUAGAAAACAACGUGUCAGGGUUAAAAUACAAAAUAAGAAGGACUCGUGUAACGACGGAAACGAUCCUCGAAGAGAGUAUCGAGAAGCCUCUUGAUCGAUAGAAUUUAUUUUAUAAUAAAGCUGCACAUUUUUUCUAUUUUUCUACGAACGUUCAAUCGAGAGACCCGUCAUUAUGAGUUUCACACAAAGAUUCUUGGCUUCUAGAUAACUCUCUAGAUCAAUGGUAUAGGAGUCCUUCGAAUACGCAUAACAGAUCAAUGAAACGGGGUCCAUCCAUUUCUUUUAAGUCUUUUAAGUUUCUUAAUUGUAGAACAAACAUUAUAGGUAAUAUGUUUACCUAUUACCCUUAUUUCUUGCGUUACAUAUGAAGAGGAAGGACCUUGGUCGUUGUGUAGCCAUGAAAAUCCUUAUUUUAUUUUUAGUUAUGAUCGCUUUUUAACUCUACGACUAUUAAGCUCUGAUAGUUUUCUUUAAUCUUCUUAAAAGAGCGCUUCUGUAUCAAGUAUUUUCCAUCGACAGCAACAAUUAUAUUUCGUCGCAAUUUGCAAAAGCCUGCAU